UCUCUCUUUCACACAUCUCUCAGUCAUCUUCUCUGCAACUGAUGGCAGUAGUGACAAGGAAAAGUCGAAGAGGCCAUCAGACCAACCACCAAAGUACAAAACCCUUACAGACCAAGGCAAAAUCGAAGACCAAAACCACAAUGAAGUUAACCCCAAAAUCGAAGACAUCCUCCGAUCUCUUCAAGCGUCUCUCCGAGGCUGAAGCCCUUGUUGUUAUGGUACUAUUAAUGGAGGAGAUUGCGCAUUGUCACCGGCUCGGCGUGGCUCACUGGGACUGUAACACCCCUAGUACUAAACGGGACAUCAAGCCGGACAGCGUUCUGUUCAAUGAGUGGGACGAGCUGAAGCUAGCCGACUUCGGCUCCACUGAGAGCGAGCUGAUGAGCGGAGUGGUGGGGACGCCAUACUACGUCGCGCCGAAGGUGUUAGCCGGCAGGGACUACUUGGAGGUUGAAACCGGUGCUAUUCUGUACAUAAUGCUGGCCGGAGUCCUGCCUUUUUAUGGGGACUCAGCGGAGGAAAAGAGCCAAUCUCAGGUUUCUGGCGAGGAUUUUCAACUCUGUAUCGCCAGCGGGUAAGGAUCUGCUCCGGCGAGUUUUCUGUAAAGACAUCUCUAGAAGAUUCUCGGCUGAGCAAGUGCUGAGUAAGUACAUCUACAAUUUACAUUUUACUUUGAUUCCGCAUAUAACUUCUUCUAGUGGGUGGUUUGGAUUUAUAGCUGGAAAAGUUUUCUUUUCACCUAACAAACAAAAAUUACCAUAAACUUAAUUAGCUUGUUUUUAUUUUUCUGAAGAUAAAAAUUUUUAAAAUGUUAUACAGUAGUUAAUUUUGCCAUUUAUUAUUUUCCAUCUCUUGUUCUUUUCUGCA